AUGUUUAAUAUAAUUCUUAAAACUAUUGCCUUGAUUCUUCCGCUAUUAAUUUCCGUAGCGUACUUCACUCUAGCCGAAAGAAAAAUCUUAUCUUCAAUACAAAGACGUAAAGGUCCUAAUGUUGUAGGUACUUUUGGUUUAUUACAACCACUUGCUGAUGGGUUAAAACUUUUUGUAAAAGAAACUGUUUUACCUAGUAAUUGUGAUGUGGUACUUUUUAUUUUUGCCCCUAUAUUAACUUUUUUUUUAAGUUUAUUAAGUUGGGUGGUAAUACCUUUUGGUAAAGGUAUGUCUUAUGCUGAAUUAAAUAUAGGAAUUUUAUAUUUAUUAGCUAUAUCAUCAUUAGGUGUUUAUGGUAUAAUUAUUGCUGGUUGGUCUAGUAACUCAAAAUAUGCUUUUUUAGGUGCUUUAAGAUCAUCAGCUCAAAUGGUUUCUUAUGAAUUAACUAUAGGUUUUUCAAUAUUAUCUGUUAUAGUAUGUACUCAAUCUUUAAAUUUAAUUGAUAUAGUUUUAUGUCAAGAAAAAAUAUGGUAUUGUGUACCUUUAUUUCCGAUUUUUAUUAUUUUUUUUAUUUCAUCAUUAGCUGAAACAAAUAGACACCCUUUUGAUUUACCAGAAGCUGAAGCCGAAUUGGUUUCAGGUUAUAAUGUUGAAUAUUCGGCUAUGGGUUUUGCUUUAUUCUUUUUAGGUGAAUAUGCAAAUAUGCUUUUAAUGAGUAGUUUAAAUACUAUUUUAUUUUUAGGUGGUUGGUUAGCUCCAUUAUAUUUAAAUUUUAUCCCAGGUCCAUUCUGGUUUGGUUUAAAAGUAUCUUUUUUUGUUAUUUUAUUCGUUUUAGCUCGUGCUAUAUUACCAAGAUAUCGUUAUGAUCAAUUAAUGCGUUUAGGUUGGAAAGUUUUUUUACCUUUUACUUUAGGUUGGUUUAUUUUAACUUGUAGUAUAUUAUUAAGUUUUAAUUGGUUAAUUUAA